AUGGAGGCAUCCUGCCUGGAACUGGCCCUGGAAGGAGAGCGCUUGUGCAAGGCUGGGGACUUCAAAGCUGGGGCAGCCUUCUUUGAAGCAGCAGUGCAGGUGGGGACAGAGGACCUGAAGACUCUCAGUGCCAUCUACAGUCAGCUGGGAAAUGCCUAUUUCUACCUAAAGGAGUACUCCAAGGCCCUGGAGUACCAUAAACACGACCUUACCCUGGCCAGAACCAUUGGGGACCGUAUUGGAGAAGCCAAGGCAAGUGGCAACCUCGGGAAUACACUGAAAAUACUUGGGCAGUUUGAUGAAGCUGUUGUUUGUUGCCAGAGACACUUGGACAUUUCUCAGGAGCAGGGAGACAAGGUAGGUGAAGCCAGAGCACUCUAUAAUAUAGGAAAUGUUUACCAUGCAAAGGGGAAGCACUUAUCUUGGAACAUGGCCCAAGAUCCAGGCUACCUGCCUCAAGAAGUCAAGGAGACGCUACAGAAAGCUUCAGAAUAUUACGAGAGGAACCUGUCCCUGGUGAAGGAGCUGGGGGACAGAGCUGCGCAGGGCCGUGCUUAUGGCAACCUCGGCAACACCCAGUACUUACUUGGCAACUUCAGUGAAGCUAUAGCCUUUCACAAGGAGCGCCUUGCUAUUGCUAAGGAGUUUGGGGACAAGGCAGCCGAGCGGAGAGCCUACAGCAACCUGGGCAAUGCGCACAUCUUCCUUGGGAGGUUUGACAUCUCUGCUGAGUACUACAAGAAAACGCUCCAGCUCUCCAGACAACUCAAAGACCAAGCAGUAGAAGCCCAGGCUUGCUACAGUCUUGGAAACACGUACACACUGCUUCAAGACUAUGAAAGAGCAAUCGAGUACCAUCUGAAGCACCUGGUGAUAGCACAGGAGCUGGGAGACAGGGUGGGAGAAGGAAGAGCCUGCUGGAGUCUCGGAAAUGCCUAUGUCUCCCUGGGGAGCCAUGAACAAGCUUUGCACUUUGCAAGGAAACAUCUUGAAAUCUCCCAAGAGAUCGGGGACCGGAACGGUGAGCUGACAGCACAGGUGAACGUGGCCCAGCUGAAGUCAGCCCUCGGCUUGGGUCCCGGGGAUGAGGAUCUGGGCACGGCUCAGCACUACUCUGGCUACGAAGCACAAGGAGCCAGGCCAAAGAAACUCCAAAAGAACAGCAUGGACAGCUUAGACCUCCUGAAGUUCCCUUCUGAAAAGGACCAGAAUGGGGACAGCCAUCAUGUGGGAGACCUGAAGAUCUCAGGAAAAGAAUUCUUGUCAUUACCUGCGAGGUCAAAGAAAUACCGGGAGCACCAAUCCAGUUCAGAGAGAAAGUCCCAGGGGUCAAGUAUGUUGCCACUGGAUACCAGCGAAGUCCGAGUCCGGGUGUCACAGUCGAAAAUCAACCGGACCCCUUCGGAUGAGGAAUGCUUCUUUGACCUGUUGAGCAAGUUCCAGAGCAACCGGAUGGAUGAUCAGCGCUGCCCAUUGGAAGAAUGCCCGUCGGAGGCUGCAGAGGCAGCUGCCACACCGGUCCCUGCCCUGGAAGAACGGAUAU